UUCUUCUUGCCCUUCUUCUCUGAACUUCGUUGUGCUGUGCGUGCAUCUGGUUCAGCGCUGGUCAAUUUUUAAAGAAAAAAUUGAUUAUCUCGACCAGAAAAUAAGUUUUAAAAAAUGGCAUCUGUAAAGGAAGGUAAUCCCGAAAAACCCGGACAGGAUACUGCGCCAAUUCAUCACAUCAGAAUUACGUUGACUUCUCGUAACGUCCGCUCUUUGGAGAAAGUGUGCACCGACCUAAUCGAUGCUGCCAAAAAGCAGAAGCUGAAGGUUAAGGGGCCAGUACGUAUGCCCACAAAGAUCCUACGUAUCACGACAAGGAAAACGCCUUGCGGUGAGGGUUCCAAGACUUGGGACAGGUUCCAGAUGAGGAUCCACAAGAGAGUCAUCGAUCUACACUCUCCUUCAGAAAUCGUUAAACAGAUCACUUCCAUCAACAUCGAGCCUGGCGUAGAAGUUGAAGUCACCAUUGCAGAUGCCUAGGCGUUUGUUUUAAAACGUGAAUGAUGUUUUGUAUUCAAGUAACAAAUAAAUUUUGUUAAGGAUAA